AUGCCUCCCAGAAGACAAAACCGUGCAAACAACCGUGAUGAUAACAAUGAUAAUAACAAUCCAGAACCUACAAUGGCCCAGAUUCUUCAGAUCUUGGCCCAACAGACUGCCAACCUGACUCAGCAGCAGGAAAGGCAGGCUAAUCCCCAGGUUACUUUCAAAAACUUUCAGUCUGUUAAUCCCCCAGAGUUUAAGGGUUCAGCGGACCCUAUUGAGGCUAGGGAGGAAGCCACCUAUUGGUGGGAGUCUGUAAGAGCAAUGGAAGAGACAGAGGAUAUUACAUGGGAUAGGUUUAAGGAGUUGUUUUUGGAGAAAUACUUUCCUCAAUUUCUCCAGGAUCGAAUGGAGUUACAGUUUUUAGAAUUGAAGCAAGGGGACAUGUCCGUGGCGGAGUAUGAGAGAAAGUUUGCGGCAUUGGCUAGGUUUGUUCCAACCUAUAUAGAUACCGACAGGAAAAGAGCUAAGAGAUUCCAACAGGGUUUAAAAGCAUGGAUCAGGGGAAAGCUAGCCAUAUUGGAAUUAGAUACUUAUGCAACUGUAGUUCAGAAGGCAAUGAUAGCGGAAACAGAAAGCGAAAUGUCUCAGAAGGAGAAAGAGGGAAAGAAGCGUAAGCUAGAGCAUCAUGAGGGACAGUUUCAGCAGGGGAAGUUUCAGAAUUUUAACAACCCAAAGAAAGGGAAAUUCCAGCAGGGGAGAAAUCUCACUUUUAAGAAACCAGAUGUAGGUGGUAGUGGACAAGGUAACCGUCCAGCUAUUGGAAAUCAACCAAGGCCUCCACUGCCGGAGUGCCAGAUAUGUGGAAAGAGACACGGGGGAAUCUGUAAUAGAUUGAUUGUGGUGUGUUAUAAGUGUAAUCAGAAGGGACACUAUUCUAGGGAAUGUCAGAACAGGUUCCCAAGGCAAGAACCUACAACAUGA